GGGCUGCCAAACCCAAACAGUGUGUGGGAAUCGCGAAAAGGCGACGAACAGGUCACCGAAAGCGCAGCUGCGAGGCUGUUCUCCGCUGUUACGCCUCUCCUCGCCUAGUCCCCCACCGGCGCCCACCUCCCUACCACUCCUCCCGCACGACAGCUACUCCCCCGUUCACGCAUCCGCGCCGCCGCCGCCAAGUUCCAGUCCCGAUGCACCCGAAGCUCUCGCGGGCCGCCCGCAAACUCCUCUGCUGCGGCGGGGCCGCCUCCGGGGAGGACUUGUCUCAUGAAGGGAAUGGAUCAUUGAGGUGGGUAUUCUCAUUGAGGGAGCUUCGGUCAGCUACAAAUAGCUUCAAUUACGACAACAAGAUUGGAGAGGGGCCUCUUGGGAGUGUGUAUUGGGGACAAGUCUGGGAUGGCUCUCAGAUUGCUGUUAAGAGGUUGAAGAAUGCAAAAAAUGGCACAGAAAUGGAAUUUGCUUCAGAAGUUGAGAUUUUGGGAAGAAUAAGACAUAAAAACCUCCUUAGUGUACGUGGAUAUUGUGCGGAUGGACCUGAACGUAUUCUGGUGUAUGAUUAUAUGGCAAACUCAAGUCUCUAUGCACAUCUUCAUGGAACACAUUGUGCGGAGUGCCUCCUUGACUGGCGAAGGAGGGCAUCUAUUGCCAUUGGCGCUGCUCGGGCUCUAUUAUACCUUCACCACCAUGCGACACCUCAGAUAAUCCAUGGGAGCAUCAAGGCCACCAAUGUUCUACUGGAUUCAGACUUUGAGGCACAUGUUGGUGACUUUGGUCUGAUAAGGCUUAUUCCUGAUGGGAUGGACCAUGAAAAGAUAACCAGUGAAAACCAACGAGGCUAUCUUGCUCCUGAGUACAUUAUGUUUGGCAAACCAACGGCAGGUUGUGAUGUAUACAGCUUUGGAAUAAUUCUAUUGGAGCUUGCUAGUGGCAAAAGGCCAAUAGAAAAGUCGGGCUCUGUUAAGACAUAUGGAAUUCGAAACUGGGUGCUCCCGUUGGCAAAGGAGGGUAGAUAUGAUGAAAUCGCGGACUCAAAACUCAGUGAUAAGUAUUCAGAAUCUGAACUGAAAAGAAUGGUGUUAAUUGGGCUAGCAUGCACACAUUCAGAACCUGAAAAAAGACCGACAAUGCUAGAAGUUGUGCCCUUGCUGAAAGGCGAAUUGAAAGAGAUGCUUCUGAAGCUUGAAAAAGAUGAGUUGUUCAGACCAGACUUGACCGUGAGUUCCCACGGAACAUCAACUCCAGAAGGGCGCACAGACUCUGUGCGUAAGAAAGAUCAAGAAUUGGUUGGGGCGUGACGGCACCGUAGGCAAUGGUAUAAUGCAUAUUUGCGGCACUGCUGCUUGAUUUGUGUGGUUUGACAUAAAUGAAAAUGUACAGGCAUUGUUAUUUGUGGGUUGGCUUCUUUUUUUCUUUUUCUUUUGAGAGGGUAAGAAAGAGUGAGAUGAAGGUAGCUGUUCUGUGAAGUGCUUUUUGUGUGCACUGCAUAGAAGAUACAUAUGUUUCCCAGAUGUUUGCGUAUGUUUGAUCAUGGUUUCCUUAUAUAUUUUAAUUCUUUCAGAAUACCACUCCUUUUA